AUGAAAUUAACAAAAUUAACAGAUGAUUGUUAUUUAGAAAUUAUCAAAAACUUUGAAUAUGAUCACCAUACUUUAUAUAACUGCCUCUUAGUUAAUCGCUUAUUUUGUCACUUUACUGUGUCUCUGUUAUGGGCUAACCCUUUCUAUAAUAUAAAUAAAGGUUCGAUAAAUGUUAUAUCUAUUUUUCUUAUUUAUCUUGAUGAAAAUGAAAGGCACCAAUUGACUUCAAGCGCAUAUCAGGUCGAUCUAUCAUGUACACAUAUUUUCCAAAAAACUUUAUUUAAUUAUGCUGACUUUCUAGAGACUUAUUCUAGCUCCAAGAUACAAAAUAUCACCUCAUUGUGGUAUCAAUAUACUCAAGAUAUAUCUAAGCCUAGUUUAGAAACAUCAACCUUUAUGGCUAUCCAAAGCAUGUUGUUUCGAAGAUGUAAGAGAAUCAAGAAAUUCUACAUUUCAUUGGCUGAAGAUAGCUUAACAUUUCCUUUAAUUCCUAGCUCAUGGUUCUAUUCUUCAGAAUUGAGAGAAUGCGAAUUUAGAUUUGUUGUUUCAGAUAGUCAAAACAUGAUUGUAUAUAAUUAUAUUAACUUAAUUUCUAUAAUGAACAAAAGAAUUCAAAUCAUUCGCAUUAUGGCUUAUAAUGAAGAUAUACCACCAGAAUGUUGA